AUGUCUAAGUGCUUCUCUGGUGUGUUGUGUGCAGUUUGCCCGGGCACACAGAACAAGCUGAGCACGCUGUCUGACCUGGAGCAGCAGUACCGGACGCUCAAGAAGGUCUACGAGAACUGUGAGGUCGUCAUGGGCAACCUGGAGAUCACCAGCAUCGACCGCAACCGCAACCUCUCCUUCCUCAAGUCCAUUCGAGAAGUGACAGGCUACGUCCUGGUGGCGCUAAACCAGUUCGACUACCUUCCCCUGGAGAACCUGAGAAUCAUCCGAGGCACCAAACUUUACGAAGGUCGCUACUCUCUGGCCAUUUUUCUCAACUACAGGCGUGACGGCUACUACGGACUAAGACAGCUUGGACUUCGCAACCUCACCGGCGAAACGUAUCAGCGGAUGAUGCCCCCCGCCAAAGUAGGAAUGCUCACAGACAUCCCUGAUCGAACAUGA